AUGUUCUCUUCGCCACAGUCGCCCGUCUCCCCCAGCGCUCAAAUAAAGAGACGUUCUUUUGGAGGAAUGAACAGGGAUCUCAGUUCGUUCCUGCCCUCGUUUCCGCCUGCGAAACGGCUUUCCGCUCUGUCCAUCUCUUCGCCCACAACAAGCAGUCCUGUGCUUACACCUGAGCCAUUGCUCUCACCGAGUCCAAUGCCACAUUUGAGUGCAAGUCGUGCCCUUUUUGAAGAAGGUCUCUACAGCGAUGUAACUGUGAUCCUUCAGGUACCUGGAUCUAUUAAAAAAUCGCUUCAUCUGCACUCACGGAUCCUUUCUAGAGAGAGCGAGCUCUUCGAGGCUCUGCUGGCUGGGACCAAGAACACUGGGGAAAAGGCGAUUGUCCUCCUUGAUGAGAAAGACGCAAAUGGGUCGCAGGUGAUUGAGAUUCAAUGUGUAGACCCACAAGAACUUUAUGCGUUCGAGUCGUCUCUGCGGUUACUUUAUACCGGCAGUUGGUGUUCUGACCGUGAUUUCCAGACCAGUUCCUUGGAUACACGUUUGCGCCGUGGCCUCGAUGUCAUGAGUCAAGCUGGUCGUCUGUCUCUGAAGGGCUCGACUACAGCAUUGUUACAGGAAGAGAUCACACAAAUGUGUCAGAAUAAGCCCGAGCUGUUGGAAAAGAUGUCCAAGUCAUUGAGACCUGAGGACCGCGAAGAUGACCAGGCUAUUCUCAAAUUUGAUCGUGAUGCAUUGCAGCAGAUGUGUCGCGUAGCAGUAGUCAAGGCCGAAAUCCGCGAUCAUUGCGAGCUCGCUAUCGCUCGUAACCUUUAUGGCUCCAAAAAGUUCCGUGAUCUUCGCAUGUCGCCAUUACAGACCUCGGAGCUUCGACCGGGUUAUAUAUUCCCUCCAGGAGGUCAAGAAUCUAUUUAUCUUCUGAAGGGAGCUCCCUCACUUCCUCUCCACCCUUGCAGAGCAACAAAUGUAGAUGCACUGCGCCAUGUAGUCGACUACUACACCGCAUACAACUCCCGAGAGCCCUUGAGGACACGCGAGUUUUAUGUGGUCCCUACAGAAGACGAGGUCGAAGAUGAUGACGAUAUUGGUCACCGCUCUGUAGUUACACUUCACGAUGUGACCUUUUAUAGAGUUGCAUUCUCUUCAGGCUAUCAAUGGCUUCUUGAUCAGGUGAUCAAAGUCAGCGCACCAUUUGAGCUUAUUAUUCUCUUGCUCAAGGAUGCAAUUGAUGAGAAUACUGACAGAAGCAAUAACGUCGCAUUUGGUGAAUUUGUAUCAGCAGCCGAUGGAGAUGUGUACUUGCAAGGCGUCAAUUACAUCACAAAUGGUCUCCUGCACGCUUUCCAGGACCCAACACUCGAAUCGUUCCGUAACCCUGGUGUCUCUGGAUCACUGUUGAACAUGAUCUCUUAUGGUAUCAACUCCUUAACGGAUCUUCCUCCGUUGAGGCCACGCCCAGAGUCAGCUAAUAAGGAUGCUAACGCCUCGCAUCAUCAUCAAGAGUACCCUGCACUGCCUACUCUGGUGAUGGAGUUUUUCUGGCAGGUAUUAGAGCUAGCAUUGAAGCGUCCUCAUCACCUCGAGUUUGUUCAGCUAUUGCUAGAGUCAAUCACCAAGAUCGCCCCCUUGACACCUUUUGAGGUUUUUGAUCGCGUCGAAGAAAGGCUGGCUGAGCUAUUAGAAGAGACUCGAAAGAAAAUUAUGGAGCAGCGCGGUGAUGUACCAUUACAUGAUGAGCCAGAGGAUGAAGAGGCGGAUACAAAUGGAAGUGAUAUUGUUAGCCCGCGUGUAGUUGGUGGUAAAAGCGAUGAUACAUUUAGUAACAUCAAGGGUAGCUUUUCAGAAGGUCACCGGAGUGAAAUCUCCAGCGUAAGGCUUGAUGAUCCGGAGGAGCGCCGCUCCAUGGUGAGCAGCGUUCUCUUUGCAUCCGAGCCCACAAGGGCUGCAACAGUCCUUUCUAGUGACGAUGACGAUGAUACAUCAUCGCUUUAUCCUGACGAGCUUGAGCCUGAAGCUGAGGUUGAAGAAGUCGAAGCGCCAUGGAUGAGGCCCGAAUACUUGCAGCCUCUGUGUCUUCAGCUGUUGACCACGUUCCCCAUGAACAUUCAGUCGUCGUUACUCUGGGCUAUUCAUGAUCUGCAGCUGCUUUAA